CAGAGGGGCUGAAAUUAAUCAGAAGUGAUGAGAAAUAAGAUUAAAGAUGAUAUCAGAGGAUGAGUGUUUCCACUCAUGUUCAGAUGCAUUAAAAAUGAGGGGGAAAGUGAGUUCUGUCUGAUUCUGAGGGUCUUACACCUGCAGGGGGAGUGACCUUUACAAUCUGCCUUUAUUAGAUGUUUCAGCUCCAGAAGACCAAAGAGGAGGUCUGAGGGGCGGGCCCAAUCAGGAGGAGGAGACAGAACAAAAAGGAGACAGAGGAGCAGAAGGCAGAGCAGACAGAGAGGAGAAACACAACUUGGAAGAUGAAUUUAGGUUUUCUUCAAGUCCUGGAGAGAGAGAGGGUCCUGGAGGUGCUCUGGAGAGACAAACAGCUGAGGACAGUCGAAGAGGACAGGAUCAGGAGGAUGAGGUGUGAGCUGCAGGAGCUGAGGAGGAAAGGUGCAAAGAGCUACGCCCGGCAGUACGGGGAGCGGACCUGCGCCCGCUGCCAGAGGCCCCUGGGCAAGCUCUGGAACACGGGCGCCGUGUGCCGAGGCUGCAGCCACCGCAUCUGCAGCAGGUGCAGGGUGGGCGCGGCCGACUGGAAGUGCACCUUGUGCCACGCCUACAGGGAGAUGAAAAUCAAAUCAGGACAGUGGUUUUUGGAGGAAAAAGCCAAGAAAUUUCCAGUCACUACAGUCAAAUAUGAGACAGUUGGAGAGAAACUACUGGAGUUUUACAAUGUUCAAAGACAUAUAUCAGUGGUGCCUCCAACUCCCCCGCCCCACCUGGACUGUCACUUCAGGAGCAGAUUUAGGGAGCUGAAAAACUCAAAGAGUUUCACCAAAUCCAUGGAGGAUCUGAUGGGUUGCUUGAAAGGUCACAUUAAAAAGGUUUCCACUUCUCAGACUGACAUGCGAGGAGACCUGCUGACAGUGGACAGCACCCAAAACCGGGCUCGUUUUCAGUACAGCACCCAAAAGAGCCUGUCUGACACCAACAUCCACAGAUCCUGCUCUCUGUCUAAAGGAGACAGUCUCCCAAACUUAUUCAAGAAAAGCAAAGACAGCGACCAGGACGGCUCGUCCACCGGAGCCGAGGAGGAAACCUCGUUCAGCUCGGAGCACUCUGUGGGAACCCGGGGCAGCCUCAGCAGCAUCAGCACCGAGUGUGGCGUCUUUGACAGUGUUUCCGUUGGCGGCGAGCUGGAGAUGGCCGUGGUCUACGACAGCCACGCCUCCUGUCUGGAGAUCACCGUUGGCGCCUGCAGAAAUCUGGCUUACGGAGACGGCAAAAAGAAGAAGUGCCACCCUUACAUCAAACUCUACGUGCUGCCGGACAAGAGCACCAAACUGAAGACGUCUCUGAAGAGAAACACGACUGAUCCGGUUUUUAAUGAGGUUUUAAAGUAUGACAUAGAGCGCCCCCUGCUGUUCGGGAAGAGGCUGCAGGCCUCCGUGUGGCAUUCAGGGACCCUGAAAAGGAAAGAGUUCCUCGGUGAAGUUCUCGUCCCGCUUGAUGGCUGGAGAUCAGACAGGAAGGGUUUAGAGAACUUCCACUGGUACCCACUGUGUCCCAAGGCUGAAAAUGCACAUUUAGGCGCAGUGGAGCAAAAUGGAAAUUCAUCUUUUUAUGCUUAAGGUGUCUGGAUCUGGAUCGGCUCUCUGAACCAGGCCGGUGGAUCAGAACUUCUUCUGGGAGAGGCGUGAACCGUUCCCUGACAUAGCAGGUGUCCUUUGAACUUUCUGAUGCGACCCUUCACUUUAGCCCCGCCUACAAAGCACUUUAGCCCCGCCUACGAAGCAUUCCUGGGCGCAGCGUGGACAACAGGCUUGCUUUACAGAACCUGAUCCUUACAGUCAGCUCCCGCAAAGUAUUUGACUUUAAGAUUUCAUCAUAAAGCUUUAAUUCGACCUCUGUCCAAUCAGUUUAUUUUAUUUAUAUUGAUUAUAACCAUCAAUCAUUUAUAACUAUGUGAGCGAUGGUUGAUACUAAAUGACGUUAUUGAUGAUCCCGUUGAGGUAUUUUAAUAAAUGCUACAUGACGUUUCUGAAGCUAAGAUGCUUACCGGAGACAUAUCGUGCAAAAUCAAACUUUUUUUACCCGUUAAAUACAUUUUGUCAUUCAGUUUUCUCCGAUUUCUAACGUGAAGCACCUUUGGAUUUAAAGAGACAGCCUUGAAACGAGUUGAUCUGAGACACAUGUCAGAAAAGGGGCGGGGCUUGUGG